AUGACGUCAUGUGAUGAAACCUCGCAGAAUAGAUUCAAACAGUCGGCAUCGCUAACGGAGGGGCAUACACAUGAGAAACUAAAGAGGCGAGGCCUGUUCCGCUUGGAAGAGACACUCAAGGCGGGACGUGACCAGAGUUUACAAAACACUAAAUGGACAGCCAGUAGAGGGGACUUCGUAUUUUCUGCUGAUCGUCUGCCUCCCCCAUCUUCACGGAAGUGCUGUGCGUGUGAGGGAAGCACUGACCGCUCCCUAACUGCUCGAGGCUGUAGCACCCAGGCAGCGAGCCAAACUCAGAUCAGACUUGUGGUUGAAGAAGGACUGAAUCAGCUGCCAUACACAGAAUGCACGGUGACCACUCCGACAGGGUACAAGUACGAAGGUGUAAAGUUUGAAAAGGGAAACUGUGGAGUCAGCAUAAUGAGAAGCGGAGAGGCAAUGGAGCAAGGUUUACGGGACUGCUGCAGGUCCAUCCGCAUAGGAAAAAUCCUGAUCCAGAGUGAUGAGGAGACUCAGAGAGCCAAAGUGUACUAUGCAAAGUUCCCACCAGACAUUUACAGGAGAAAAGUUCUUCUCAUGUAUCCAAUUCUAAGCACUGGCAAUACUGUAAUCGAGGCUGUAAAAGUUCUCAUAGAACACGGUGUUCAACCAAGUGUCAUAAUCCUGCUAAGCCUAUUCUCCACACCCCACGGUGCCAAAUCCAUCAUCCAGGAGUUUCCCGAGAUCACAAUUUUAACGACAGAAGUUCAUCCUGUUGCACCAACACAUUUUGGACAAAAGUAUUUUGGAACGGACUGAGACUAAGCACAGACUGCCUGUGUUACUGUACAUUAUUAUAUUUUUUUUCUACAUUUUAUUAUUUGUGGCUGGGUUGGCCAAGAGUAUAUUUACAGAAUCUUUUUGGCCAAAGGGGAACUAUUUGAUCUACAUUCAUUUGAUCUGGCUACUUCUUGAACAUUGAAUCAGGUGCAAUAAUGAAGCACAUUCAGUUACUGCAAACAAAAGGCAUUUCAAUGUUGUGCUUGUAUAAACUGCUGCACUCUCAGUGCUUUAACUUAUUUAUUCUUCCACAGCCCUGUUCUAUGGCUGCUUGCAAGAGCAAAAUAAAAGAAAAUAACUAAACUACCAUGGCGUAUGUUUA